AUGGAUCUUCAGGAGUUAAACAAGCUUCAGAAGAUCCAGUUGGCUCAUAUUCUUGUCUCAAUUUCAGAGUCUAAAGAUCUUGUUUUGGAUGCAGAUCUAACAAAACCUCUGGACAGAAUAGCAGGAGUUUCUUUCCUUAAGGAACAUGGAGUUGAUAAAAUAUUUAAACUGGAGCCCAGUCAAAAGUCCCUGCCAGGAUGUGGUAGACGUAUUUAUUUGGUCCGUCCACGGAUGGUGACAAUGAAGUAUAUUGCUGACCACAUCAACAAUGAAUUAGCAAAGGGAGAGAAGAGAUCAUACAAAAUUGUUUUAGUGCCACGAAAGCUUCAUGUGUGUCAGAUGAUCUUGGAAAGUGAGGGAGUUUUUGGACAUGUUACCAUCGAUGAAUUCCCUCUGGAAUUGUUUACUCUUGACUCAGAUAUCUUGUCUUUGGAGUUACCAGAAGUUUUUACAUCAUUUUAUCUGGAUGAUGAUACAACCUGGCUGCAAACAGUUGCUUCUUCAUUGGUCAGCUUACAGAGACUCUUUGGGAAGAUACCUAAUGUUUAUGCAAUAGGCAAAGGUUCCAAGAUGGUCUAUGAUCUCAUGCAGACUUUGUUUGAAACUCACAAAGAAAGGAAAGAAACAAAAUACCACAUUGGUCAGCUGUUUAUCAUUGACAGAGACAUUGAUCUUGUGUCACCUCUGUGCUCUGCAAUGACCUACGAAGCAUUGCUUGAUGAAACAUUUGGAAUUGAAUGUUCCAUGAUCACAUUUGAUCCUUCUGUCACGGGAGAUGCCAAAGAUGUCAAGCUGCUUUUAACUAACCAGGAUGAGAUUUACAGUCAGAUUAGAGAUCGUCAUUUUUCAAAUGUGUUCUCGUAUUUGAGCGGAAAAGCUAAAGACUUGCAGGCAAUCUAUAGUAAAAAGAACAACCUGAAAACUGUUGGUGACAUGAGAGAAUAUGUGGCAAAUGAACUGCGGCAGUUGAAGCAGCAGCAGAAACUUCUUUCAACACAUAUAAGUGCAUGUGAGUCUAUUAUGAAAUACAAGGGACAAACAGAUUUUGAAGAGUUCUUGAAGACUGAACAUACUCUUUUGGAUGGAACAUCUAUUAAAGAAAACAUAGCCUACAUUGAGGAAUGCAUACACAAACAAUUUUCUCCAGUUCUGACAUUGCGACUUAUCUGCCUGUUGUCCUUGACACAAGAAGGACUUACCCCCAAGGACUACAAAUCUCUAAAGACACAAUUUCUACAUAGUCAUGGAUUUGAACAUUUGGUGACAUUUUUCAACUUGAAGAAGCUGGGCAUGCUCACUGAACAAGAAGUGGUCCAAAGUGGUGUCCGGUCAUUGGUGCGCAGAUCUAAUUAUGCUACCCUGAAUCGCAAGCUGGGAUUGGUUCCUAAGCAGUCAGAGGACUAUGAUCUCAAAAAUCCAACUGAUAUAUCCUAUGUUUUCAGUGGAGCAUAUUCUCCGCUGCCUUGUAAACUUGUGGAGCAGAUUAUCACCAGAGAUACCCUCAUUGGCUUGGAGGAUGUUGGAAGAAUGUGCGGUGGGCUACAUUCAGACCUGAAAGUCAAAAACAGAGCUUUAGGUGCAG